GAAUUUCAAAUCUAUUCAGUUUAUAAGAAUAGAGUGAUCGCUUAUCCACAGCACUUAGAGUCACCCUUUGAAUCCUACGACGUGCGAAGCCCAGCAAAGCCACCAUGUCGGCGAAAUCCUUGGCUAAGAUGUUCGAUAAUUUCAGCUCGGUCGAGUUUAUGGAGUUCUUUCAUAAAUAUGAUACGGAUGGCAAUAACUAUAUAGAAGAAAAAGAGCUUGACCGCUUCGUGGAUGAUCUCUUCGUGCGCAGAUAUGGAACGAUGCAUAGCGACAGCGAGAAGCAAAAAUUCAAAGAGGUGUUUCUGAAGGAGUAUCUAAAGGAUAAGAAGAUCGAUAUCCAAGAGUUGGCCGCGAUUUUACCGCAUGACGAGGGACUUGAGGUCAAGUUUCGCGCCAAUGACAAAAUGUCAAGCGUGGAAUUUAUGAAGAUCUGGAAUAGAUACGAUGUUAACAGAGAGGGUUCUCUCAGUACUGAACAGCUAAAGGGUUUCAUCAAUGACUCUAUGAAAGGACAAAAACUCUCUUCAAAAAACAUUGGCAUGCUUGUAAAGAAAACUUUGGAUGCUGUCGAUAAGGACAGAAGCGGCGAGGUGGACUUGGAAGAGAUGGCAAGAUAUCUUAAAGUGGAGGAUAACUUUUUAAGAGAAUUUAAUAUCAAUCCGGGACAGAAACUAAAGCAAAAUGACUUCAGCAGAAUUUGGGAUAAUUACGACCAGGACGGCAAAGGCUCCAUUAAAGGCGCUGAGCUUGAUGCACUGAUACGCGAUGUUUUUGCAAAGAUCCAAGGCAGAUCUCCCGAGAUGGAUGAUAUCGAAAAGUGGAAAGACAUCAUAAUGAUGUUCGCAGAUGCGGACGGCGAUGGCGCCAUCUCCAAGGAAGAGCUUAACAUCUUUUUUGCUCAGGGUCUAAAGGAGGCCAAGAAACGGCUUAGUGACGGCGAGAGAGAUCCGGCACCAAACUAUACCCCCACAGAGGAGCCUCCGAAAGACACGCCCAAGAAAUCAUCUUCCCCCGAAAAUAGUGGUUCAAGUGAUAAGAAGUGUGUGAUCAGCUAAGAAAUUUUGCAGUACAAGUGAAAACUUGAGCUUGAUACAUUUCCAGGCUCCAUAAUCAAGCGCUUUCUUUCUUGGGCCGCGAAAAUUGGAGCGCCCGCAAAGGUCACGAUCAUGAGGGCCCCCGAAUGGUCUUUGGCGAGCACUUGCGAGCACCCCGUUUUUUAUGCGAGACCGAGCAUUUUAAAUCGUUGAAUAAAUCGAACAGCGAGCAAAUCGAGAAUACAAUGCGAGCACGGCGGAAAAAUUGCGCGAGCAUGCAAGCAACUGCGAGCAUAUCGAAAUUUCGGGGGACCAUUCGGGGGCCCUAUCAUGUCUAGAUAUAGGGCCAACGAUUGACGCUUGAGGGGAGGGGGUGGGGAUUUUUGGAGAAACAAAUUCCUGCACAAUUUAGUCGAAAGCCCCCAUACACGCCGGUUACCUUCAAACAGAAAAUCCUGCCCAACAGAAAAGUCUACACCCCCUCAACUCAAAACUUGUCUAUUAGACUCUCGUACAUUGGAACUUUAAAAUCUCGACCCAAAGAAGAAAAAUGUUACGUAACACCUUAGGAAGUUGUUAAAGGGGUCAUGCCAUCAUCUGCGCAUCUAGCAUGCGGAGCUUUAAAUUUUACAUGUGUCUCCUUUAAGUCACUUGUUAAAAUUCCUUUUUGAAUGACCCAAGGAUCUCGCAGAUUUUCAGGGUGGCUUUCGUCUCUUCUAUAAUUCUUUGUAAUGAAUCGCGGCUCGAGGAGAACUCAUGGUAUCACCCCUUUAACAGAUACUAGUCGUUUACUGUAAAAUAUAAUGGCUCGAUUCAUUUGUCUCUUAGUUCAGUAGCCAGUCACUGAACAGGAGCGUACCUAGGGCGUGGGCCAAGGGGUGGGCCAAGGGGACUUUUGGUCACCAAAAGUGGGUAAUUUCUUAUUGAGGAUUUUCAAAUACUAUCCCUUUUCAAUAUGUUACUUAUACCUGAUCACCCCACUCUACAAAACCUGGGUACGCGCCUGUACAAGUAGUCUUUUAUCAUUUUAGACUUAAUAGAAAGUGCAUACUAAUAAAGUAAGCAUUGUUAUAGUAAAAAAAAGAAAAUUGAAACACAUGAAAAUGCAAAGAGCUAAUGGGCUAUGUCAAGCUUAGACACGCCUUUAACCAGGUGAAGUUUAAGCUUCUAAUAUGAGUAUAACAAUGUGUCACACUAGCUAACCAUUCUCUGUGGGAUGGGCUUAAUAUUUAUUAGUGAUUAAAACAAAAAUAAAGUCCGAUUAAAUUUUU